GGAAACUUUUAGUCGAAGAAGCGAGCGAAACUUCCAGCCAUGAACGGAACAGAAGGUCCCAACUUUUAUGUACCCAUGUCAAAUAAGACUGGGAUUGUGAAGAAUCCAUUCGAGUACCCCCAGUACUACCUGGCUGAACCAUGGAAGUUCUCGGCUCUGGCUGCCUACAUGUUUUUCUUGAUCAUUACGGGCUUUCCAAUCAAUUUCCUCACACUGCAUGUCACCAUUCAGCACAAGAAACUGAGGACACCUCUGAACUAUAUCCUGCUGAACCUCGCUGUGGCAGACUUGUUCAUGAUCACAGGGGGCUUCACAACCACUAUGUAUACCUCCAUGCACGGCUAUUUUGUGUUCGGGCCCGCAGGCUGCAACGUUGAAGGUUUCUUUGCAACACUUGGGGGUGAAAUAGCCCUGUGGUCUCUGGUGGUACUAGCUAUUGAGAGGUACAUCGUGGUGUGCAAGCCUGUGAGUAACUUUCGGUUUGGCGAGAACCACGCCGUCAUGGGGGUAGCGCUGACCUGGAUCAUGGCGCUGGCCUGUGCCGCUCCUCCGCUCUUCGGGUGGUCCAGGUACAUCCCUGAAGGGAUGCAGUGCUCAUGUGGAAUCGACUAUUACACAGUGACGCCUGAGGUGAACAACAAGUCCUUUGUCAUCUACAUGUUUAUUGUUCACUUCUCCAUCCCUCUGACUGUCAUCUUCUUCUGCUACGGCCGCCUAGUGUGCACUGUCAAACAGGCUGCAUCCCAACAGCAAGAAUCAGAAACUACCCAGAGGGCCGAGAAGGAAGUGACCCGCAUGGUCGUUGUCAUGGUGAUCUCUUUCCUGGUGUGUUGGUUGCCCUACGCCAGCGUGGCAUUCUACAUCUUCGUGAACCAGGGCAGCAACUUUGGUCCCGUCUUCAUGACUGCCCCAGCUUUCUUUGCCAAAAGCUCUGCCCUCUACAACCCUAUCAUCUACAUCCUCCUGAACAAACAGGCUUGCUCUUCCGUCCUUGUAAAGUUCCGUCGCUGCAUGAUCACCACCUUGUGCUGUGGGAAAAACCCUUUUGGUGAAGAGGACACCACGUCGGCAUCCGGAAAGACCGAAGCUUCGUCUGUGUCCUCCAGCCAGGUGUCUCCUGCCUGAUGCUUCAGACAUCCUCCUCCCCUUCUGCUCCGUGUGCAUUGAGCUACCAAGUGGAUGUCAGUGGCUGUUCCCAUUCAACCUCCAGGCACUGAAGUUUUUGUUGUAAAAUGUGU